AUGCCUUCUCCCGCCCGCGUCGGUACUUCGUACCCUGCCUACCACAGCAAGUUCGGCCCCAAGUACAAGACGAUUCCCAACUUUGGUGGUUGGACCAUUCCCUCGGCAAUCAAGUUUGCAACCCGCGCUGGUGGUUUCGGCGCUGCCGCCGGCAUUGCCGCCCUCUUCUACACCUCUGGCAUCCCCAGAAUCCAAAAUGACAUCCUCAUCAAGAUCCCCAUUAUCGGCUCCAAGUUCGCUAAGGAGGAGCUUCCCGCCUCUGACAACCCAUUCUAA